AUGGAGAUCAUGGAUCCCUUCGCCUACGAGCUUCUCGCUCGGCCUCCGCCUCCCGGCUACGAUCCAUUCUCCUGCGGUGGCGCCAUGAACACGGCGGUCACAGUCGACCAGAUGGACGACUACUUCCGCGCCGUCGGCGUGCUCCCUCCGCUUCCACCCGCCGUUGUCCCUCCCACCUCAGGAUACACCACCCCCGCCGCCACCCUCUGCGGUGCCAUGGACUAUGCCAUGGAGGUCCCGGUGAAGUGCGAGCUAUACGCAGCAGCCAUCGACGCCCAAAUCCAGCCAGGCGCCGUCGACGUGCCCGCCGUGCCACUCCCGGCGCCUGCCGCUCCGGCCUCCGACGACGGCGCCGCCGCUCUCAAGAACUCGGUGACGCCCUACGACGCCGACAUCGACGCCACCCUACGGGCCAUGGAGAACGACGCCAGGGAGCGGCCCUCGCCGGACUACCUGGACACGACGCAGCGUGGCCGGAUGGACCCGGUGGCGCGCGCUUCCCUCGUCCUGUGGAUGUGCGAGUUCUCCCUGCACUUCGACCUUGGCGCCGCCACGCUCCACCGCGCGGUCUCCUACGCCGACCGGUUCCUGUCCGUGAGGCCCCUCGCGGGCGACCCCAGCUACGAGCGCCAGCUCCGCCUCCUGGGCGCCGCGGCUGUCUACGCCGCCGCCAAGUACGAGGACCGGGGCACCACGUGGAAGCUGAACGCCAGGGACAUCGCCUCGGCCUGUGGGUUCGCGGCGAGCCAGGAGGUGCUGGACACGGAACGCGCCCUGGUCGCGGCGCUCGGGUACCGGCUCGGCGGCCCCUCGGCGGACACGUUCGUGGACCACUUCACGAGGCACAGCCAAGGACAAGAAGAAGACCUGGACGUGCAGCGCACGGCUCACCGCCUCGCCGACAAGUCGCUGUUCGACCACCGCUUCAUGAAGCUCCUGCCGUCGGCCGUGGCUGCGGCGGCGAUCUUCCUGGCGAGGCUGGCCCUGAAGCCGUCGCACGACCCAGAGCAGGUGCGGAGGCUGAGCAGGGAGCUCGAGGAGCUGACGGGGUACAAGCCCAUGGACGUGUACGACGGCGUCGACUGCAAGUACCGUUUGAUGCAUGCUCCGGGCUUCGAGAUCUCUCCACUGUUCUUCGUGGAUUCUAGAUAG